GCCGCAGUAGGACACACUGACGGGAUGUCAUCGACCAUGACGAUGUUAACGCCGUUCGCUUUUGCUUUUCUCAUCAACAGUUUUUUGCCUCCAGUGUUGCCAUCGGUCGUGCAAGAUUUUAACCACGUGGAGAGAUGCAAGGACUCCCUGUACAUGGGAACACCACCGCGGGGCAUCAGUGACAUGAGUCUGAAGAAGAUCUGCCAGAGAUACGCAGACAAACCUCGCUAUGUGACCCUGUACGACCCUCACAAGAGGAUUCCAGUUUACUCAGCGUAUACCUUCAAGAAAACGGAAGGAGACAGACGUGUGGACUACCCUUGGAUGUAUGAGCCACAGCUGGCAGAAAUCGAUGGCAAUGGAAACAUGCUGCCCUUCCCCACUGGCUACCUGCACAUGAAGUUUGAGGACAGCCAGGCCGUCCUGGACGACUAUUCUGAUGUGGUUCUCUACGAGAGAGGUCACCUGAACCCAGACCAACACCAGUCCACUCCACAUGACCGGGCUGCCACUUACACCCUGACCAACGUUGUCCCGCAGAUAAGGCAGUUCAACAUUGGCCCCUGGCGUGAGUAUGAGGAGCGGAUCAGGGUCCGUCUCAACAACUUCUGCCGUGGAACUGCCUACAUCGUCACCGGCGUGACCACCAGGGGCAACAUGAUCCGUCGCAACAACCAGGACCGUGUGGCCAUCCCCGAGGAUGUGUGGUCCGCCUACUGCUGCACUGAGUAUGACCGCAACGCACCCCACGUUGUUCGCAUUCGCUUCCCUUCCCACGCAGCAUUGGCCAAAAAUAGCAAAGAGAGCAACAGUGUCCAUGAAAUGACGGUCCAGGAAUUGGAGUUCUAUCUGAAAAACCACAUGGAUGUCGACCAGAACCUGCAGCUCUUUUAUGACAACUGCAUAUCUCCUUCGCCACUUCCUCUUUACUUGCAACACACCAUCUAAAAGCUCUUUCAGUUACAUAUUUUGUGUGCAUAGGCUGCUU